AUGGGGCUGGUGAAGGAGUCGCAGAGAAAGAAGAAGAUCAUUAUUGGUGUCUUGGCUUUAUCAAUUGUGACCCUAAUCCUUGGUCUUGGACUCGGCCUUGGAUUGGACUUGCAGAGGUGUCGAAACAAAGUCGUCCCGCACACGUCCUGCAGGAAUCGGUGCUACGAGCCUUACGACGGCGACAUCCCUGGAUGCAGAUGUGACGAGAACUGUGUCGCCAGCAACAACUGCUGCUAUGACUACUAUGACAUCUGCACCGUUCCAACCCAGCAGUGGGAAUGCACCAAGUUGCGCUGUGGGGAGAAGAGGCUGACUGAGAGCAGAUGUCACUGCUCCGAUGACUGUCUGUCCGCAGGAGACUGCUGCACAAAUUACAAAAUUGUCUGCCAUGGAGAGGAAGAGUGGGUGAAGGAUGAGUGUGAAGACUUGUCAGUGCACUCGUGUCCAGAACGCUUUAAGCAGCAGCCGCUGCUCCUCAUCUCUUUGGAUGGACUCAGGGCUGAGUACCUGCACACAUGGAGCGCUCUCAUCCCGGUGCUGGACAAACUCAGGAAGUGUGGAACCUCUGCUCCUUACAUGCAGGCAGCGUUUCCCAGCAAAACUUUCCCCAACCACUACACCAUUGUUACGGGUCUCUAUCCAGAGUCCAAUGGCUUGAUCGACAACACCAUGUAUGAUCCGGUGUUUGAUGCCACCUUCAGUCUGUCCAGUCCAGAGAAAGAGAACCCGGACUGGUACCUCGGACAACCUAUUUGGCACACAGCAAAGUACCAGGGGCUGAAGUCUGGGACUUUCUUCUGGCCGGGAUCAGAUGUCAAAAUCAACGGCAGCUUCCCAAACAUCUACCAACCUUACAACGGUAAAGUGCCAUUUGAAGAAAGAGUAUUCACUGUGCUGAAGUGGCUGCAGCUGCCAGAUGAUGAAAGGCCAGACUUCUUCACUUUGUAUCUGGAGGAGCCUGAUAAGUCUGGACACAGCUUUGGUCCUGUCAGCGGAGGCCUGAUUGAAGCGAUCCAGGGCGUGGAUGAGAUCAUCGGUCAGCUCAUGAAUGGCCUCAAGCAGAUCGGCCUGCACCGCUGUCUCAACAUCAUCAUUGUGGCCGAUCAUGGUAUGGAGGAGACGAGCUGUGACAGGAAGGAGGUGCUGCAGGAGCUGGUGGGAGACAUCAGCAACUACUAUGUCACUGAGGGGCCGUUUGGACGGAUCAGAGCCAGAACCAAAGACACAGUCUUUGACUCAGCUGGACUCGUUGCUAACAUGACUUGUAAGAAAUCAGACCAAAAGAUCAGCCCAUACCUGAAGUCCAACCUGCCGAGGCGCCUCCACUAUGCCAACAGCCGUCGCAUCGAAGACGUCAGCGUCCUGGUCGACCCAAAAUGGCUGUUUGAGAGAUACCCCGGAUCUCUCACAUUCUGCUCUGGUGGCACUCAUGGCUAUGACAAUGAUGUUGAGAGCAUGCAUGCGAUGUUUGUCAGUUAUGGACCCAAGUUUCAGAACAAAACAGAGAUUGAACCCUUCUCAAACAUCGAGCUGUACAAUCUCAUGUGUGACGUGCUGGAGAUCUUUCCCACUGAAAAUAACGGGACCCAUGGCAGCAUGAACCACGUCCUGAGGCAACCCUACUACACACCAGUGCCCCCUGCAGAGCUGAGCGGGCCUGCUGGGUGUCCGCUGCUCAGCCUCGACCCUGAAGACAGCCUGGGAUGCUCCUGUCCUGCCCUGAGCGGAAAUGCUGUCAACAGCCGUCUGAACCUGACUGCAGAACAAGAGUUCACUGCAGAGAAGAAGCACAUGCUCUUUGGUCGUCCUCGGAUGCUGCAGCCCGACCAGAGUUACUGCAUCCUCCACCAGGAGGGAUUCAUCAGCGCCUACAGCAGCAAAACCCUGAUGCCUCUGUGGAGCUCCUUCACCAUCGACAAACCGAUGAACUUGGACCCACUGUUGCCAGUGACAUCAGACUGUUUGAGGGCAGAUGUCAGACUUCCGGCAUCACAGAGUCCGAGAUGUGACCAGUAUGAUGCAGCUGGGAACCUGACGCAUGCCUUCCUGUACCCACCUAACCUGAAUGUCACAGUGGACCAGCAGUAUGAUGCUCUACUGAUGAGUAAUGUGGUACCAAUGUACCCCGAGUUUAAGAAGAUCUGGCACUACUUCCACAGCACCCUGUUAAUUAAAUAUGCUUCCAUUUACAACGGCAUAAACGUGGUGAUGGGCCCUGUCUUCGAUUACAACUACGACGGCCGGUACGACACUCCGGACCAGAUCCAGCAGUUUGUGUCCGGCACCAACAUCUCCAUACCCACACAUUACUUUGCGAUGCUAACCAGCUGCAGGGACUCGGCCCAACCAGUGACCAACUGUGACAGCAAACUACAGACCGUGUCCUUCCUGCUGCCUCACAGACCCAACAAUUCAGAAAGCUGCAAAAGUACAGACGAUGAAUCUCUUUGGGUGGAGGAUCACAUGUGGUUUCAUCAGGCACGAGUCAGAGACGUUGAGUGGAUCACAGGACUGGACUUUUACCAGGACGUCAAUCAACCAAUCGCAGAGCUGCUGAGUUUGAAGACCCGCCCCACAGCCGCCAUUCACAGAAAACAGUGAAAAAUUCACCCCCACAUAGAACAAAUAAUAAUCUACUGAUCUUAAGUCAGUGUAAACUUAACUAAAUAUGGUUUAAACGCCACUGUAAUUAUGUGGUGCCUCUGAGUUUGCAGCCUUUUUUAGGCAAUGAUCUAAAGUGUGUUUUGUCACUGGUUGAUUCACCACCUUACAUAUGAUUUCUGAGUAAACACAACACUGUAGGCGGCAUAUGAGGUAAACAACCACAAGCUGAGUAAUGAAAAAUGCUCUGUAAUACUGAUCUGUGCCUGCAGUGUUCGUAGGUUUUCCACUACUUUAUAUAUUUUUAUAUGUUGUUGAUAAGAAUAAGUAUCUAUGAUACUGAUGAUAAUUAGCAUUAGUUCAUGUUGAUGCAUACUGUAUUUGCAUUUGUAUGAUAUAUAUUUUUGAUGAUGAAUGGGCAGAAACAGAUAUAAAACAGCAGUAAAAACAGUAAGUGUGCAGGUGCAUUCACUUUGUUGAAGUAAUGAGAUUUCCUCUGCAGGGACCAGUUAGUAAACAGGUUUUCCAUGAACCGCUUGUUUGUUACUCAAAUUAAGACUUUUGCACAGGAUGCACCUGUUUUUUCUCACUCUAAUCUUUGACAGGCAAAUAGACAAAAAUAGAACUAACUGAAUGGAAAAUACCCAGAGGUUUCAAGUGUACAGUGCAGCAGGAAUGGGCACAGAGAAAGAGUGAGCACAGAGCUGAGGGUUUACAUUCACUUCUUUAUCACUAAUGGUUUCUUGGAUACUGGAGAUGUUGAAGUAAAUGGAUGGAUCAACAAAACUACAGGACAUAAACAUGGAACACAGCUCUCCGUACAAACAGUAUAUAUAUACAUAUAUAUAAAGUUAAUUUCCUGAUAACUUUUCUUUUGUGAUCUUUUGUGCCAAAGAGCAGAUGUGCUUCUGAGUCAUCUUGGUGUUUGAGUGAAUGUUUCUUUCUCCUGCUCUGUAACUUACAACUGUAUUUUUCAACUACAGAGUUUCAUAAAUAGCGUGGGCGUUUCCUUCUAAAGCAGAAAAGAGGAGA